AUGGCGAACAUUCCCACCCAGAAUGGUACACCAGGAACCUCCCAACAGUCUCAAGAUCUGAGGGUCUCCUCCAGUGGGGGUACAACAGCAGUUCACAAUGAAUUUGAUAUCGAAGACAAACACACCUGUGGCCACCAGGGUAAGAACGUCAAGGAUGUAUUUUCGAGCCAGAACGCGCCCUCAACAGUUGAUUCAGUGGCAGAGGCGACACAACUACAGACCAAUGAUGGUGAUGGUCGUGAAAUCGUGCAUCAUGGACCGGCUGUUGAAGUGGACAACGUCACACAGGGGCGGUCGCAUCAGCAGGUGUUUCCAUCGAUGGACAUUGCCAGUUAUUCAAACUCAGAACAGGUUGGAACUGAGCAAGAGUAUCCAGUGGCCACUAGUCUGGGCUUGUCUGAAGAUCACGUUGAGGCUUUAGGAACUAGCCGCCAGAGCAGUGCAAGAAUGUCACUGCCAGUAUGUACCAACUCAUAUGCGCAGAUCUCUCAGUCGCCUUCAAUGGGCAUCUUGGAUAACACACUGAAAAUUGGAGGUGAAUCUUGA